AUGUUGACUUUUCGUUGUUUGCUGUGGUUCACUGCUUCGAACUUAUGCCCUCUUGUUCUCUCGCGCAGGACACGCUGUGAUUUGCAUCUUUCUCUCUCCCCUCGAUCCUCUCUUCUUCUUUUAACGUAUCCUUUUAUUUCUGGAAGGGAAAACAAAACCUGGAAGAUGCCCCCCAAGUUUGACCCCAAUCAGGAGAUCACAGUCGUCGUCCGUGCUGUGGGUGGUGAAGUGCCUGCAACGGCGUCACUCGCCCCCAAAGUCGGUCCGCUCGGCCUGAAUGCGAAAAAAAUCGGUGAGGAUAUCGCCAAGUCCACGAAGGACUGGAAGGGUCUCAAGGUUACGUGUCAGCUGCGCGUGAAGAACCGUGUGGCUACCGUCAUCGUCACGCCAUCCGUCGCCUCAAGGCUGAUCCGUGCGCUGAAGGAGCCACCGCGUGAUCGCAAGAAGGUGAAGAAUAUUAAGCAUGACGGUAACAUCGCCUUCUCUGAGAUUCUGAAGAUUGCGAAGGAGUCGGCGCCGAACUCUAUGGGUGCCAGCAUGAAAUCUGUGGUGAUGGAGGUACUUGGCACUGCCGUUUCCAUCGGUUGCACAAUUGAUGGCGAACACCCGCGAGCGAUUCAGGAGAAGGUUCAGGAAGGUAAACUAAAGGUCCCAAACUAG